AUGGGUACCGGCAAGAAAGAGGCUACCCGGCGUGUUCGCCAGGGUAAAACCGGCGAUGGCAUGGCCAACGUCCGGGUCAAGGGCGAAAACUUCUAUCGCGAUGGGAAGAGGGUUAAGCACCUGAACAUGUACAAGGAGGGCAAGGCGCAGCGCAAUGCCAAGGGCGAGAUCACAAAGGCCGCCACAUGGCAGUCUCGCGACGUGCCCACGGCCGUCAUCGAGCCGAACCGCAAGUGGUUCUCCAACACCCGUGUCGUCUCCCAGGACACGCUCACAGCCUUCCGCGAGGCCAUGGCGGAAAAGGCCAAGGACCCGUACUCCGUGCUCCUCAAGUCGAACAAGCUGCCCAUGACGCUCAUCCGUGACGGCCAAGACACCACCAACGGCCUCAAGCAGCACAAGGCCAAAAUGACGCUCGAGACGGCACCGUUUUCUGGUGUUUUUGGCCCCAAAGCCCAGCGUAAGCGCGUCAAGCUCGACGUCGCCAACCUUGACGAUCUUGCCGAGGGUACCGAGAAGAGUAUGGACACCUAUGAGGAGCGCCUUGAGCAGGCCAAGCUGCUGAGCGGCGAGUCCGGUACCACCGACCCGGAUGAUGGCACCUUUGCAAUGGCCAUUGAGCCCGUCUUCGACAAGGGCCAGAGCAAGCGUAUUUGGAACGAGCUGUACAAGGUCAUUGACUCGUCCGACGUCGUCAUCCACGUCCUCGAUGCCCGUGACCCCAUUGGCACCCGAUGCCGCAGCGUUGAAAAAUAUCUGCGCGAGGAGGCUCCCCACAAGCAUCUGAUUUUCGUUCUCAACAAGUGUGAUCUGGUUCCCACUGGUGUCUGUGCCGCUUGGGUUAGACAUCUUGGAAAGGAGUAUCCCACCCUCGCUUUCCAUGCCAGCAUCAACAACUCUUUUGGCAAGGGCUCUCUCAUCCAGCUUCUUCGCCAGUUCUCUGUCCUCCACUCAGAUAGAAAGCAGAUUUCUGUCGGUCUCAUUGGCGGUCCCAACACUGGCAAGUCCUCCAUCAUCAACACUCUGUUGAAGAAGAAGGUCUGCACUGUUGCCCCCAUUCCGGGCGAGACCAAGGUCUGGCAGUACGUUACGCUGAUGAAGCGCAUCUACCUCAUUGAUUGCCCUGGUGUUGUUCCACCCACCAACCAAGACACCCCUACCGAUCUUGUUCUACGCGGCGUCGUCCGUGUCGAAAAGGUCGACAAUCCUGAACAGUACAUCCCUGCUCUUCUGAGCAAGGUGAAGCGCCGCCACAUGGAGAAGACGUACGAGCUUACCAAUUGGAGCAACGCGACUGAAUUACUCGAGCUCCUGGCCCGCAAGGGUGGCCGUCUUCUUAAGGGCGGUGAGCCUGACCUGGACGGUGUUGCAAAGAUGAUGCUCAACGACUUCAUGCGUGGCAAUAUUCCCUGGUUCACGCCCCCUCCCAUCAGCCCCGAUGCGAACGGCGAGACGCGAGCUGGCCGCGAGGGUCGCCUUGGCGAGAUGCCCAAGAAGCGUACCCAGACGGAGGCUUUCGAUGAAGCAACUGAGGCCAGGGUGCAGGAUGAAGAUGACAAGGAAGGCAGUGAAGCCGAUGAUGAUGAUGACUCUUUCGAGGGUUUCGGUAGCGACACUGACGGACCUUCUCGCAAGGCCUCUUUCGGCGCCACGACUGGUGCUGGCAGUGAUGAGAGUGACGCGGAUGAAGCCGAGGUGGAGGACGAGGCCGAAGAGCAAGUCGAAGAGGCAGCUGAGCCUGAGCCUGAGCCUAAGCCUAAGCCUAAGCCUGAGCCUUCCGUCCGUGCCACCCGCUCUAGCAAACGCAUCAAGAGGUGA